AUGGAGCGGAGACCAGGGAAGACAACCCAUGCCCGCAGGAACCUCUUUGGCCCCGUAGACCACGAGCAGCUGCGGCGGGACUUCCAGCACAUGCUGCGCGACAGCGGCAAGGGGGCCCAACAGAAAUGGAACUUCGAUUUCCUCCGGAAAAAGGAGGGGCUGACGGAGGGGCUCCUGCAGUGGGAAGAGCUCGAAGGCCACGAUGUGCCCACCUUCUACCACAGCUGCGUGGUGGGAGAUGCUCGGAGACCACUGCAGCCCUUGAACCAGCCCCUGGGCAGCGGGGACAAGAGUCACCAUUUUGCCCAGGUCGCGCUGACUGAGAAACCCAAAACUUCCAAGAAAACAGGGGGCAAGAGGAUCUCGGAAGGGAAGAGAAGAAGACAGACAUCUUUGACAGAUCACUACUCGGCAAAGCAGCAAGUCAAAACGAAUAUGCGCGCGGCUGUGAAGAAGUCAACUUCUUGA